AACCGGCAGGGGUAUAUCCUCGGAGUGUCUGACACACCAAAGUAGUGCCGAACUACCCAACAACCACAUAGGCCCUCCUCCAUUCAACUGAUGACUUGAGUUUAAACAGGGGCCCCGAGGAAAAGGAAGAACAAUAUCUGACACUGGACUGAGGACACUGCAGAUGAGGAAGAGGAGGCUUUCUAUUGCUGGUGGAUACAUUUGCUUGCCUCUCCCCUCUGCAACCACUGGAGGUCUGUCUGGGUUGAUGGCAGCUGGCAGAUAUGUAAGCGAGGACGAGGAAACGAGAAGAGAACCAGGUUCCUUACUCACACACACGCACGCACGCAUGCGCUCAUACACGCAAGCACACUUCUCCUUGAUAUACUUUGACUUUCAGCCCGAAAGGCCUGUCCUGCAAACCAUUGACCGUGCCUCAAACAAGUAAAAAUGGCAGAGCAUCUCUAGAAACCCUUAGAUUCGUCGAGAUGUCAAGAGACAAAGUGCAAUGGCCAGAUAGCAACCGGACUAGUGUCCAGAGUGUGUAGUUCGUGUCCAGUUUCCGUUGCCUGGCGUUAUUUUUGCGUGUUGAGUGGAGUCUUUGUCGUGUCCGGGGAUGAGAAGGUCAGGGGGAUGAAGCGGCGGAAGAUCAUCAGCGGCGACGGACCACGAGAAGGAUCUCUCGAGUCGGUGGCCGCAUGGUCUCCAAUGUGGCUCAAAGGGUCUAAGGCUCAGCCCCUUGAGCCUUUGCAAACGAAACUGUUUCCAAUUGUAAUGUCAGCGUACUCCGAAAUGACUGGCUUAUAGAAAAAGUCAAGCAUUCAAACCGAUCGACUUUCAAAAAUGACGGGUUAUGAUGACGACGGCUUUGCUGAUGCCAUCAAUCCGGGCAGCCGGUAUCAUGGAGGUGGUGGGAUGGUCCAAGGCAAUUAUCCCCCAAUGGGAGGAGGUCACACCUAUGGGGUGCGCUCAGCUGGAGGAGGAGGCGUGGCCGGGGGUGUUGGGGGUGCUGGCGCUAGUAGCAUGAUGUUGGAUCCCGCCAGCGCUGCGGCCAUGGCUGUUGGUAGCCAAAUGGGUGGAGGCCCUAUAGGUCCUGGGGGUGGCUAUCCAUACGAUUUAAUGAGGCAGGGCUCCGCCGAAUCUUCGUACUCUCAUCCAUCUUCAGAAAUGUCACUAACUGAGGCACAGCACUAUGACCCAUAUGGAGCUUAUGGGGGAAUGGGCGGUGGGAUGAACAUGGGUCCAACUGGAAUGUAUGGAGGAGCAAACCGAGGUGACAUGGAGGCUGCAGCCAUGCUUUGCCUAGAGCGGGCAAGAACCAAACCUGUGGCUUUCGCUGUUCGAACCAAUGUUAUGUAUGACGGAGGUCAAGACGACGAUUCGCCUGUUCCCGGGACCGCCGUUUCAUUUAACAUUGGUGAUUUCCUCCAUAUCUACGAGAAGUACGACAUGUGUUGGUGGAUAGGUCGCCUCAUCAAAGAGGGCUGUGAUAUUGGAUUUAUACCUUCACCUGCCAAGCUCGAACAACUCAUCCUACAACAAGUCCCAAUGGGAGUCAAAGGGUCCAAGAAGUCAGCUUCAGCUACCAACAUGCAAGCUGUCAUGGGAAAUUCCAGAGGAAGCACACCGCCAACCCCAGGCUUGGAGUUGGAUCAAAAUGGAGAUGGAAGUGGAGGAGUGCGUGUGACUGCUCCACCUACCAUCGAAAAGAAGAAGGGCCUUUUGGGCAAGAAACAAGAGACUCUCUCACCAUACGAUGUUGUGCCUUCUAUAAGACCACUUGUGAUCGUGGGCCCCUCACUGAAGGGAUACGAAGUGACGGACAUGAUGCAAAAAGCAGUGUUCGAGUAUCUAAAGAACAAGUUCGAGGGAAGAAUUAUCAUCACGAGGGUGUCAGCUGACAUCUCGUUGGGCAAGAAAUCCGUGUUAAAUAAUCCUCCCAAGCGGGCGAUUCUUGAUAAGGCCAAUUUCCGAUCUUCAAACUUGGCCGAAGUGCAAGCAGAGAUUGAAAGGAUUUUUGAGCUCUCUCGAUCCAUGCAACUCAUAGUGUUGGAUUGUGACACUGUUAAUCACCCCUCCCAAUUAGCCAAGACCUCAUUAGCUCCCAUUGUUGUUUACCUCAAGAUUUCCUCACCCAAAGUGUUACAACGCCUUAUCAAGUCCCGAGGGAAGGCACAGACUCGUAACCUCAAUGUUCAAAUGGUAGCAGCAGAAAAAUUGCACCAAUGUCCUCCAGAAAUGUUCGAUGUGGUCUUAGACGAGAACCAAUUAGAUGAAGCUUGUGAGCAUUUGGCCGAGUACCUCGAGGGGUAUUGGCGUGCUGUGAAUCCCCCGGCCAAAACCACCCCACCUGCAGAAAAGAAACCUGACCCAAACGCGUCUCCAUCCAGAACACUAGGUGGUAACACCAGUACUGCCGUGGGAGGUCCUUCCACGGGAGCUAGUUCGCGGCCGCGGGUCCGGCUUUCUCCGACAGCCACGGGCAACGUGCCCCCUCAGCCAAGUCACGCACUGCCACCCCCUCCAACGCAUCGCUCUGGUGUUGGUUCGCACCAUCUACAGGACCGACAUGAUUCCCGCUUCCCUCCAAGGCACCGGUCUCAAUUUCCAGGCGAGUCGGACCAGCAGUAUCCAGAGGACGAGAGGGGAUUUCACGAUGAUUGGGGCUAUGACGAUCACCAUGGGGACAGUUGGGAUCGACGGCAUCCGCAAGGAUCCUACUCCCAACACCCUCAUUCUCACAACCAUCCGGAUGACUACCCACCUGAGGAUCUGCAUCAUCAAUAUCCAGCUGAUGACAAUCGCCGCUAUGGUCCGGCCGGACACCCUUCACGAGGAGUACCUGGCACGGGUGGAGCCGGAGGGGCCGCUUAUUAUGACGAUCAGCACUUUGACGGUUACGACCACGACCAUUUAGACCGUCGAAGAGGUCACCAUGUUCCAGACCGAGACCGGUCAAGGAGUAACUUUGGACGUGGAGGUGCGGCUGGUAUGAUGACUUCCAGUGGUGUCAGUGGACCAAAUAGAUACCCACACCAUCCUGGAGAUGCAGAGGAAGAUUUCCAUGACUUGAGGCAGCAGCACUACGACGACAGAUAUUGACCUGACCGGGCGUGGUUGCUGAUUCAGCGUUCUCGUCAAAUUAUGGUCAUUCCAGUUUCUAAAAAUCCAAGAAACACAUUUUGUCAGCCAACAAGCCCCAAAUCAUGUACAGUACGUAAUUGAUGCACCUUUAACCAAUCAACCCCAAUGUCGACUGUUGCGAUGUCAACUAUGGGCCAUCCUCACUUCUGCAAUCAAGGGAUGUUGAGGACGAUUUCGAUGUGAAGCCACUUCUAAAUGCCCACUAACCCGCCCUCCAAAACCAAAGAAGGCCCUUUUAUUCUCCGUCUUGUCCCAUCCAUUACGCAUACAACUCUACUCGCUCCUCUUCCUUCACCUCCUCCUCCCUCUCCUCCCCCUUCUCCUCCUCCUCCUAGCGUUAUUAUUAUCAUUACUCCUUCUUCUACGAUUCCUACUACUUCUACUUCUUCUACUACUACAACUACUAAACUGCUGCUGCUGCUGCUACUACUACUAAUAUGAUUCCUAUUAUUAAAAACAACUAAUCCUCCUGUUACUACAAACAUACCACAAGUCAAGAAACUCCCUUCGAUUUGUGUCAUUUGUGAUUGGCCUUAGUGAAGGAAGCCGCCUCAUCUCUUCGAUGCGUGUGUUAGGAUGUUCCGAUGCUCAAGAUAAUAUUAUCGUUAAACCACAAGAAAUCUAAUUUAUUCCUUGUUAUUACAACCUUCAAUGCCUUGAGGUUCGAAUUGUGUGUUAGGGAACCAAUGCUAUUCUUGAAACCUCUAAUCAACCGCACCACGGUUUGGAACCGACCAAAACUAGGCCACAAGUACGGAAAAGUACUGAUCUCCAGUAAUUACCGCAAAAGAAAAAAGUAGACGUGUUGUUUUUGCUUAGUGUGUCCCUUUACCAGAAACCACCACGCCCCAAUUUUCACCUACUCACCGUUGACAGAAAGUACGACACCAUCAGCGAUUCUUGGACCGACCCCGAAUCAAAUUCUACGAUUCACUCUAUUUUCUCCGCAUUUCUUACUCUCAUUAUUCCCUAUGACGAUUCCUAUGAUUAAGCCCAUCAACAUCACCAAACCAACUCCAACAACCAGUUAUGACCUAUAUCUAUAUCAUUAAAUAUUUAUCAUUGAUACUAUCAUGCAACAUUAUCACUGUCAAGAACGAACACCCAACAAUCCAGGAACGGCAACCCAAAACAACGGGCCUGAAUCUUAUUCAUUAUCUCUCCGCAACCCUGCUUUUUUGACGACGCUCCUGUUGAACAAGAGCGUACUCAAUCAACUCUUUCUCACCCAUCGAUCAAAUCUAACCACAUAAGUAUACUGUCUGGUUUCCAAUUGAUAUACUCAACCCUAUUUUCUUUGGGGCUUCCUCUUUUAACCUCGUCAAGCUCCACGAUGGAAAAGGCUUAAAACACGCUUUAAAAUGGAAUUUCUCUUACUAACUACAUUUGCAACAAUUCUUGAGGCAAACCUCUUUACACAUGGGGGUUAGGGGCAUUGUCAAAUAGCAAAAUCCGUCAAGCUCAGGUCCAAUGCCGGUUAUUUCGAGCUUGACACUUGGCAAGUUUCCACUAAAUUUCAUUCUCACGUUUCAGUUAGUAUUUACUGGCUGAUCUCUUUUAAUCCUGUUGGACCUUGCGCGAUGAAUCCGUUUGCUGAGCAAUUUGACAGGCCUCUCUCGUGGGCUUUUGUUCUUUCUUAAAUUCCGUAGCAUUCAUCUCCACCUUGGUUUGAGGAAUUUCACCAAUUUCAAGUUUUCAGACUGCUUUCAUUCACAAGAGUCGAGAAUUGAACCGAGCAAAAUGAACUUGAUACAUGUAUGUUGCUAUUUAUGCCAUUCAUAAUCACUUCACCAGAAUUGAUUGUCCCAUUCCAGGAAUAAAGGUGUUUGGGAUCUCACAAUGAA